GCGCCAAAAAUUACAAAAUUCCAUGCUUGACAUAUUUAUGAUCCACCAGAUAGUAUCCAUUCCUACAUCUCUGAAGACUCUAUGCCCGGACCAUUUCAAGUCCAACUUACGACGUCUAAACCGGACGUCUAUCAGCAAACAUGGCUCCCUACGAUGACUCCUCUGACGAGGGCGAGGAUCUCGAGUUCACCGAGACCAACGUCCUUCUAGGCUAUGCCGACGCCGACUCCAAUGGCGAGAAGAUUAGCCGCCUCGGUGGUCGUCCUGAAUGGCUCGACGAAGAAUCCCCGGCCUCGGCCGCUUUCGCCAAGUGCAAGGUCUGCAAGGACUACAUGGUCCUCCUCCUCCAACUCAACGCCGAACUCCCCGAUCACUUUCCUGGCCACGAGCGCCGUCUUUACGUAUUUUCCUGCCGGAGGAAGAGCUGCCGCAGGAAGGAUGGCAGCAUCAGAGCCGUGAGGGGCGUCAGGGUGGCAGUAGAUGCGCCCGCGGCGAAGGAGGACAAGAAGAAGACUACUUCCGCGGUGGAGCAGGAGAAGAAGGAGAUGCCCAAGGCUUCCACGCUGGGACUGGGUGAGGCUUUGUUCGGUGCGAAGCCGGCUGCUAGCGCAGGAGGAGCAAAGACCAACCCCUUUGCGUCCGGUGGUAGUGGUUCCUCAGUGAACCCUUUUGCGCCCAAGGGAACUGUUGCUGCGAACCCAUUUGCGCCAAAGCAGCAGGAGACACCGAAGCCGCAGGAAGACAUGACAUCAGGACAGCAACAACAACAACAACCCGAAGAAGAACAGAAACAAACCGAAAAGGAUGAUAACCUCCCCAAAACCUUUGCGCAAACCCUCUCCCUCAACAACACCACCACCACCACCACCACCCAGCAGACUCAAACUCCCGCCCCGGCCCCCUCCGAGCCCUGGCCAACCGACGCCUCCGCUCUCCCUCCUCCCUACCCUGAACGCUGGAUCUGGGACGCCGACUACGAGACUCUCGACCCCACCCCUGCUCUCCCUCCUCAAAAGAUCGAAACGAUGGACAUCGACACCGAAGGCGCCUCUGGCUCCGGCUCAGGAGGUGGAAAAGAAGACAAGGACGUCUUCGAGUCCACCAUGGACGCGGUCUUCCAGCGGUUUGCCGAUCGCGUGGGGCAGAACCCGGAGCAAGUGAUUCGGUACGAGUUUGCGGGACAGCCACUUUUGUACAGCAAGAAUGAUGCGGUGGGCAAGCUCCUUCACGUGCCCGCUGCUGGCGCCGCGAACGCGAACGAGAAGGUGACCACCACUUCUUCUGCUGCUGGCAAGGGAAAGAUUCCCAAGUGUGGAAACUGUGGUGCGGGAAGGGUCUUUGAGGUGCAGUUGACGCCGCAUGCGAUUGAGGAGCUGGAAUGCGAGGAGGACUCGAUGGAUGGUAUGGAUUGGGGUACUAUUAUUGUGGGCGUUUGUGAGAAGGAUUGUAGCCCGAGGGGAACGGAGAGGGGCGUGGCUGGGUACGUGGAGGAGUGGGCGGGUGUGCAGUGGGAGGAGUUGAGUGUCAAGCGGUAAAUCUCAAGAACGCUCAUGGAGAUAAGUCAAGGAUUCGAGAUAUUAUUCAUGGACAUGAGAGCGGCGUCUAUGAAAGGGGACUGUGGUAGAAUUGUCAGUGUCAUAUAAUGCUUGGUAGUGAAAAGGCGUUUGGGAGCCCAAAAUAAAGUUUAAAGGGAAUAUUUUCGGGAUCAACUAGACUAUGCGAA